CGAUCGACACAUUUGCCUGUCGGCUGAGAACGCGUUCAGAAGUUCGUCGGGUGUGAGCUUGCUCCAAUGGAUAGGAAGUACUUCUGCUGAAAUCGUACUGAAAAUACCAUGUACUAGUUGUUUGCUUUCCAAAAUGGCAAAGAUAAAUUAUAUACUGUGCCUGUGCUUGUGGUUCUUUUUGCUCUCGGCUGUGCUAUCAUCUGGGAAUCGACGGAUUCGGCGACAAAAUCGAUCUGAUCGACUGCUGGCUGACAUCGGAGUUCGUGCCCAGUCGUAUGAUCCUCGAGUGCCGGAGAAUGGGAUACAGCAGUACACCGACAUUGACCAGGAUCUGCGGCAUUUAUUUACCAACACCCGGCAGACCACGCUGAGAUGGGCACUCAACAACAUCGAGGCGCUGAGCAAGCGAGGCAGACGCGAAGGAAAGCUCCAGGUGCCGGUGCCGAAGAAGGUGCCCUUCUUCUGUCCCACGAAUGGUACGAGAUCAGCCAAUCCUCCCACGUCCAUAGAACAUCUGAGGCCAGGGGACAUUGAUAUAAUAGCUGCCUUUGGAGACUCCCUGUCGGCGGGCAAUGGGAUUCUGUCCAACAACGCCAUCGACAUGAUCAACGAGUUCCGUGGCCUGACCUUCUCGGGCGGCGGUCUGGCCAACUGGCGAAGGUUCGUGACCCUGCCCAACAUCCUGAAGAUAUUCAAUCCCAAGCUGUACGGCUUUGCGGUGAGCAACAGUCUGGUGAUCAACCACCGAUCCUCGCGGCUGAACAUCGCCGAGCCGAUGAUCAUGUCGCGGGAUCUGCCCUUUCAGGCCCGCGUGCUCAUCGAUCUGCUGCGCCGUGAUCCCAAUGUGGACAUGAAGCGCCACUGGAAGCUGCUCACGGUGUACGUGGGCAACAACGACAUCUGUUCGGACCUGUGCCACUGGGACACUCCGGAGAGCUUCCUCGACCAGCACGCCCGCGACCUGCGCCAGGCACUUCGGCUGCUCCGCGACCAUGUGCCCCGGCUGCUGAUCAACCUGAUCAUUGUGCCCAACAUCCCAGUGGUGCUGAGCACCAUGACCAAGGUGCCCCUGCAGUGCUUCGUGGUGCACCGAGUGGGAUGUCAUUGCCUGAUCAACGACCGGCUCAACAAAACCGAGCUGGCGGCACGCAUGGACACCCUGAUCCGCUGGCAGCGGCUGGACAUGGAGAUCGCCCGACUGCCCGAGUUCCAUCGCCAGGACUUCGCCAUCGUCGCCCAUCCGAUGCUGGCCAAUGUGACGGCUCCCACAAUGCCCGAUGGGAGCACGGACUGGCGGUUCUUCUCCCACGACUGUUUCCACUUCAGCCAGCGGGGCCACGCGAUCAUCUCGAACCUGCUGUGGAACAGCAUGCUCCUGCCGGACGACCAGAAGCCGCGACCUUCGAAAGUGCCCGAGCUGUUCGAGCGGGUCGUUUGCCCCACUGCGGAGCAGCCCUACUUUGUGGUCAGGCCCAGUUGAGGGCCUCGUCUCCCCAGAUCAGGAGCGGGUUAAGUUACUUGGUUAGGCUGUCUGGUGAACUGUUUAGCAUGUCCAGUCGGGUGUACACAGAGGAAAAUUACUGGUUCGAUUCGGUAUUCGCAUAUCAAGGUAGAAUUAAAAGUAUUUCCAAUGUUAAAGAACUGAAUUAAAAAUGAGAUGUAAGACCAUUUCACUCCAGUUUCGCAAAUAUUGUUGCGGAGUUGAUUGGAUAGUGCAACGUUAGAUUUUACGACUUUUGUAAUAACUUAUGAUCCUGGGCUUAAGAGAAUAAAUACAAAU